AUGUUUGCCUCCAGAGCCGUCAAGCCCAAGUUGUCCUUGAACAUCUCGUCGGCAACGAGCCCAGCCAGCCGACCAACAUUGUCGCUCAAGUCACCAAUGACCAUGACAGCCAUGCGAUCACCCAUCUCCCCAGCUCCCGUAUCGCCAUCUCCCAUCAGUCCCACGGUACGCAACACGAGGCUGAACCAGCGGGGUUACUCGACUACCAGUGUGCAGCAACCAACAUACGCAUAUGCGAACCCCAGCACGUCACGGAGCAUCUUGAAGAAGUCCUCACGAUCAACAUCAAGCUCCAGCUCUACGCGACGACAGUUGUCUUUCUCUGAGACUCCAGUCGUGUAUUGCGUCACCCCGAUCGAGGAGGAAGACUAUUACGGAACCAACAACAAGAAGAUGUCCCGGGACGAACGGAGAUGGCUUCGGAGAUGA